AUGGCGGCCGACCAGCUGAAUGUCAACACACCUCCUCCUGGGACUGACAGUGUGCACGAGGAGAAAUUACAGAUAUUAAAAGGCGGUGCGUUUCUGACAACAGUGGCCACUGCAGGGAUGAUCGCUGGAUUCGGCUCGACCCUCGCUUUGGCUAAAAAAAAGAGCCCUGAGUGGUUCAGUAAGGGCGUGGUCGGGACGGCGGCGGUGCCCGAGAGCGGAGCGUCGUUAGCUCUGCGUGCGCUCGGAUGGGGUUCCCUGUAUGCCUGGUGUGGAGUCGGUCUCCUCACCUUCACGGUGUGGAAAGCUCUUGGUGUUCACAGCUUGUUAGAAUUCCGACAGAAGAUGCAGUCCAUCUUUCCUGCCAUCCCGAAAAACGAGGACACUCAGCCGGACACGCCGCCUCUCGACUGGGACUCGAUAUUUAAGUCCAAAUGAUCGCAGAUGUUCCGGGACGCGUCCCCUCACCCGAUGAACAAACUGUUGUAAAGUGCCCGCUGACUUUUUAAGGAGCGUAAUGUCGAAGAACCGUUCUGGGGAAACGACCGACUCCGUGUCUGUAGCGAACCGACGAUUCUACACGUCUGACAAAUGAAGCUGCUGGUUAAAAGGACAUUUUGGGGCUUUAUUUGUCAAACAUGACCAUUUAAAUUGGCUUUGGAGCAUUUUUAAUUAAAAACAAAAUAAUGUGUGCUGUACAGGGAUUUAUAAUUUAAUCUCCAGAGUAAUUCUGGGAUUGAAGCGGCAAAAUACUCCAUGCAACCAAAAGUUUGUGGACACCUGAUUUUCACACAGGUCCUGUUUUUUUUUUUUUUUUCUUUCUUCCGCUCCAUCCUUAGCAAACAGUGUCUUCACGUACUGUAGCUUUACACACAAGUCUACUGUCAUGCUGGAACAGAUUUGGUUCUCUUAACUCCAGACGAGGAGAAUUGCAACACUCACUGUAACAGUUAAAGGAAGAAACAUACAAAAAUAGGUUUGAUGAACAGGUGUCCACAUACUUUUGGCCACAUAGUUUUUGUUGGUAAAUGAAGCUCCAGGGUGAGCCAAAAAGCAAUUAUAUAUGUAAGGUAUAUCUUUAUGAGCUUGAACACAGAUAGUGCUGAUGGUUAGGUAACUGCUCUUACUCAUCAGUCAUGUUGGUCAUCACUUAAGCAGACGUUUGUAAACUAUUAAAAAAAAAAAAAAAAAGGUGUAUGAAAUCAACCUGAGUGUUUAAAUGUUAAAUAUAAAUCAAUGGAUAUGAGAGAAGUUUGGAGGAGGAGUGAGCUACAGUGUUUCGAUAAGUGGCUUUUCAUUUUCUGUGUAACGCACACAAACAGGAAUCUUUGGAAAUUGGUCUGAUUCCUAAGAAAAUAAAGAGUGAUUCCUCUUUAUCGGAAAGAGGCUGAUUAGGAUUAGGCUGCUUUCCUCCACGUGCUUAUGUUCUACAAUAAAUGCCACAGUUUUUGGUAUAUACAGAAGACAAAAAGGACAAAUUAAGCUGUAAUAAUGGAAAUCAGAAAUCCCAGUCAGAUUUGAUGGACAGACUGAUCUCAGGUCUGUUUUAAUAGACUUUUCUAAAGCGUCAGAGACUCCAUAUUCAAUCAGAAUGGCACAUGUGGCAAGAAAAAAAAAAAUUAUAUAUGGUCAACCGUCGCUAUACUGUAUAUACACACACUGUACUGUAUAUCUUCCAAAUUUUAGAAUAAUCACAGCUUUGCUUUCGUUUGUUAAAACGCUCAGAUUUGAAGAAAAAGCGGCUUUGUAACUCUCGUAACACUAUUGAUAGAAAAGGCUAUUUGACCGCUU